CCGCGAUGUCUCCGGCGGCUGCGGCGGCUGACGGAGGCGAGCGGCGGCGGCCUCCGUUGGGCGUACGGGAAGGCCGGGGCCGGACCCGCGGCUGCGGAGGACCAGCGGGUGCCGCGGCACUGGGCCUAGCGCUGCUCGGCCUCGCGCUCUACCUAGUGCCCGCGGCGGCCGCGCUGGCCUGGCUGGCCGUGGGGGCGAGCGCGGCCUGGUGGGGCCUGAGCCGAGAACCCCGCGGCCCGAGGGGCCUGUCGUCGUUCGUGCGCGAGUCGCGCCGUCACCCGCGGCCCGCGCUCACCGCUUCACCGCUUCCAGCCAAGUCGCCAGUCAACGGUAGCCUCUGCGAACCCCGCAGCCCGCUUGGAGGCCCCGACCCCGCUGAACUCUUACUCAUGGGCAGCUACCUGGGCAAGCCAGGCCCGCCGGAGCCUGCCCUCCCGCAGGACCCUAGAGACAGGCCAGGGCGCCGCCCACCCUCACGGUCCCCGCCGUCGUCUUCGACGGCCCAGCGAGUCCACCACGUCUACCCCGCGCUCCCCACCCCACUUUUGCGACCUUCUCGGAGGCCGCCCCACCGAGAUUGUGGGCCUUUAUCCAGUCGGUUUGUUAUAACACCCCGAAGACGAUAUCCCAUUCAGCAAGCCCAGUAUUCCUUGCUGGGGGCACUUCCAACCGUAUGCUGGAAUGGUGGCCAUAAGAAAGCCGUGCUAUCUGCACGGAACUCGAGGAUGGUGUGCAGCCCAGUGACAGUGAGGAUUGCCCCUCCAGAUAGCAAGCUAUUUCGAUCACCAAUGCCGGAGCAGAUACUCAGCACCACACUGUCUUCACCAUCAAGUAAUGCCCCAGACCCUUGUGCAAAGGAGACGGUGCUGAAUGCCCUCAAGGAAAAGAAGAAAAGGACAGUGGCAGAGGAAGACCAGCUGCAUCUUGAUGGCCAGGAAAACAAGAGAAGACGCCACGAUAGCAGUGGGAGUGGACAUUCGGCAUUCGAGCCCCUUGUGGCCAACGGAGUCCCUGCUGCAUUUGUGCCUAAGCCUGGCUCCCUGAAGAGAAGUCUGGCUUCCCAGAGCUCGGAUGACCACUUGAACAAACGGUCUCGCACCUCCUCUGUGAGCUCCCUGACUAGCACAUGCACAGGAGGCAUCCCCAGCUCCAGCCGCAACGCCAUCACCAGCUCCUACAGCUCCACCCGAGGUGUCUCACAGCUGUGGAAGAGGAGUGGUCCCACCUCUUCUCCCUUCUCCAGCCCAGCUUCCUCCCGCUCCCAGACACCAGAGAGGCCAGCCAAGAAGACAAGAGAGGAGGAACCAUGUCACCAGUCCAGUUCUUCAGCUCCCUUGGUGACAGACAAGGAGUCCCCAGGAGAAAAGGUUACAGAUCCAGCCACGGGGAAGCAGCAGAGCCUGUGGACUUCCCCACCCACACCUGGCAGCUCCGGGCAACGCAAACGCAAGAUUCAGCUGCUGCCCUCCCGGCGAGGGGACCAGCUCACCUUGCCUCCACCCCCUGAGCUUGGCUAUUCCAUCACUGCUGAAGACCUGGACAUGGAGAGGAGAGCCUCACUGCAGUGGUUUAACAAGGUCUUGGAGGAUAAGACGGAUGAUGCCUCUACCCCAGCCACUGACACCUCCCCAGCCACCAGCCCUCCCUUCACACUCACCCUGCCUACCGUGGGGCCUGCUGCCUCACCAGCCUCCCUCCCAGCUCCCAGCUCUAACCCACUGUUGGAGAGUUUGAAGAAGAUGCAGGAGUCUCCAGCCCCAUCCUCCUCAGAACCUCCUGAGGCAGCAACAGUUGCGGCCCCUUCACCUCCGAAGACACCUAGCCUCCUGGCCCCUCUUGUCUCACCACUGACAGGGCCCCUAGCCAGCACCUCCUCAGACUCCAAACCUACAACCACCUUCCUGGGGCUGGCUUCUGCUUCAUCCGCCACACCACUCACUGACACCAAGGCCCCUGGAGUCUCUCAGGCCCAGCUGUGUGUCAGCACCCCAGCCGCCACAGCUCCCUCCCCAACUCCAGCCAGCACGCUGUUCGGGAUGCUGAGUCCACCUGCCAGCUCCUCUUCCCUUGCCACUCCUGGCCCAGCUUGCGCUUCUCCCAUGUUUAAGCCCAUUUUCCCGGCCACACCUAAGAGUGAGAGUGAUAAUCCCUUGCCAACUAGCUCCUCAGCCGCCACGACAACUCCAGCCAGCACCGCCCUCCCCACAACAGCAACCGCCACAGCUCACACUUUCAAGCCCAUUUUUGAGAGCGUGGAGCCAUUUGCAGCCAUGCCCCUGUCACCUCCCUUCUCCCUGAAGCAGACAACUGCUCCGGCCACCACUGCAGCCACAUCAGCUCCUCUCCUCACUGGCCUGGGCACUGCCACUUCCACAGUGGCCACUGGCACCACAGCUUCUGCCUCCAAGCCUGUGUUUGGCUUUGGAGUGACCACUGCAGCGAGCACUGCCAGUACCAUAGCUUCCACCUCCCAGUCACUUCUGUUUGGGGGAGCCCCGCCUGUUACUGCUUCCAGUUCCGCCCCAGCCCUGGCCUCCAUCUUCCAAUUUGGCAAGCCCCUUGCCCCAGCAGCGUCUGUGGCGGGCACCUCCUUUAGCCAGUCCCUUGCCAGCUCUGCCCAGACUGCUGCCAGCAAUAGUAGUGGGGGCUUCAGUGGUUUUGGUGGGACCCUCACCACCUCCACCUCUGCCCCUGCCACCACCAGCCAGCCCACUCUGACCUUCAGCAACACUGUCACCCCCACCUUCAACAUUCCCUUUAGCGCCAGUGCCAAGCCUGCGCUCCCAACCUACCCCGGAGCCAACUCACAGCCCACAUUUGGAGCCACUGAUGGGGCCACCAAGCCGGCACUUGCCCCAAGUUUUGGCAGCUCUUUCACUUUUGGCAACUCUGUGGCCUCAGCCCCGUCGGCAGCCCCAGCACCAGCCGCCUUUGGUGGUGCUGCACAGCCAGCUUUCGGAGGGUUGAAAGCCUCAGCCUCCACCUUCGGCACCCCUGCCAGCACUCAGCCGGCUUUCGGUAGCACCACUUCCGUGUUCUCCUUUGGUUCAGCCACCACAUCUGGCUUUGGUGCUGCUGCCGCCACCACACAGACCACCCACAGUGGGAGCAGCAGCUCUCUGUUUGGCAGCUCUACUCCAUCCCCAUUCACAUUCGGUGGCUCAGCAGCUCCUGCUGGUGGUGGAGGCUUUGGGCUUAGUGCUACACCAGGUACCGGCUCCACCUCUGGAACUUUUAGCUUUGGAUCUGGACAGAGCGGGACCACGGGCACCACCACCUCCUUUGGGGGAAGUCUGAGUCAGAACACCCUGGGCGCACCUAGCCAGAGCUCACCGUUCGCCUUCAGUGUGGGCAGUACACCUGAAAGCAAGCCUGUGUUUGGAGGCACAUCCACACCUACUUUUGGGCAGAGUGCCCCUGCCCCAGGAGUCGGCACCACAGGCAGCAGCCUCUCAUUUGGGGCCCCUUCAACACCUGCCCAAGGCUUUGUUGGAGUUGGACCUUUCGGAUCAGGAGCCCCUUCCUUUUCCAUUGGCGCGGGAUCCAAGACCCCAGGGGCUCGACAGCGACUUCAGGCCCGAAGGCAGCACACCCGCAAGAAGUAGCCUGCCUGCCUGCCUGCCUGCACCCCCACCCCUGCCUGGACCUGGACCUCAGCACCUGCUAGGAAGAGCCUCUGACCCUGCAAAUCCCAUAGCAAACCCAGCCGUCACCAGGGUGGAAGUCUGGCCCUUUCUGUUCUAGAGGAAGCGAGUGCCCCGGGGAGGGGCAGUUUACUUGAACAGUCACACUGGUUAGGCUGGAGAACUGAAAAAAAACAUCUGUACAUAUUGUCCUCUUGCUGCCCCAGCGCUUGUUUAGUGUAUAACCUAGGCAGCCCCCCUCUCCUUGGGCACCAUUCUGCUGGCACCCACUUGGAUCCCUAAUACAUGAGGUGGGAUUGGGGGAAACGGAAUGUCCCUAGCUUUGCCUGCUUGGCUUGGCCAUGAGUGGUUCUCUUCCUCUGAUCCCCUCAGGGUCUCUCCCUAUUUCUUGCUGCUUUGUCCUUCACCGGUCCUCUGUGAGAUUCAUUCCUUUUAAAUGGCGGUGAAUCUUGCUUUGCCUUGGAGACCCCAGUGGGCGCUGUUUUGCCUCUUCUGUCAAGUCUGUUUAGUCUCCAGCCCUCUGCUAACCCAGCCUCUCAAAAGGUUGGUGGCUCAAGACUGUUAGCCUGGCAGAGCCAGGGAGAAGUCUGCUCCAGGAGGUCCUGGGGCAGGCAGACCAGACCGCCCCCCACUGCUUCUAGCUGCCUCUUCACCUGCCCGCCACCCCACGGGCCAACUUGCCUCUUUGGGAUUGUAUUUUCCAAGCCUUGUACUGUGUUUGUCUGAUGUUAAUGUGUGUUGCUCCUUGAAUCGAGUUUGGAGGAAGAAUUGAAUUGUAUGUGUGGCGGCAUGUUGGUAAUGCCGGACUUAAUGUCACCUGGGCCUCCUGGGCCUAGCUAAUUGAAUGCUGAAGUGGCACCGCCACAGUGACAGCCACAGUGCUGACUCCUGAAUCUCAAUAGUGUUUGACUAAGGGCUGGCAGCCCAGGGGAUGGAUGGAGCCGGCUGGGAGCAGACUUCCCUCUCUGUUGGUCCUCCCCAUACAGCCCACCCCAGGCCAGGGCGGCUUCUGCCUGUGCUUGGAGCUGUAGAUAACCAACUACACUUUGAGUUCUUAGUUGUAUUUCCAAAAGGGUCCUACCUAGCCUGUCUCUCCUUCCAAAGCCACACCACACCCUUAGGCCCAAGCCUGGCUGCCAUGUCCGCCCUCUUUGGGAGAAGUAUGAAUGCGUGUGUCUAAAUUAAAAGAAAAAAUAUUUAAACAUUUUUUAACAAAAUAAAAAUUUAUUUUUGUAUUUAAGCUAAAUUGCCUUUUAAAUUCCUUCAAGCUUGGUUCACUGAGGUGGUUAAGUAUAAAUGCUAUGGAAUAGUAGGAAUUAGCUGUAUAGUUAUGCCUGUGUGAAGGAAGGGCUCAUAGCUGUCCCCAGCAGCUCUCCUGAGGGGGCAGAGCUCCUUCUAGACAUGUCGUGUAAGUGUAACUCUUAUUUUAUAAACAGUGUGAUGUAGCUGUAACUGGUCCCCUUUCCUUGUGAGUGGGAUUGAAUGUUUUAUGGCAGGGGUUAGGCUGGGUUGUAUGGAACUGGAGAAGAGCUGGACCUCAAGUCCCAAAUGCCUGUGAGGAUGGGGAUGGGUGGGGGUCUGAACACGAAGCCUCUACCUGUGCCUCAGGUAAGGAAGGGCCUCCCUCCAAUUCAGUCUGAGCUAAUUACCUCAGCUCCACAGCAGGCCUGUAUCCAGGGUGCCGGAAGAGGUGUCCUGGAAUAGCCUCGGUGUGUGAGCACAUCUGUCCGUGCUCACGCUGGACAGGGACAGGGAGGCUGGGGCUUCCACCACAGACUGCGUUUCUGUGAGUGUAGCUGAGAUUUUUAGUAUGAAUGUGAGAUUGUUCUUGCUUAUGUCAUUAAAAAUAAAACUGUGAUCUG